GAUCACAGAAGCGGACAUGAUUGUUAAUGAACGCUAAGCCAAAUCUUUGCCACCAUGGACACAAGCACCUCAGACGAAAUCGAAUCUCUUAUGGAGGACAUGGACUAUAUCCCGGGACAUUUUCACCUGGACCUCCAUUUGAACUGUGAUGUGGAGGGGCCUGUGAAGCUGAGACACAGAGACACAUAUCUGAAACAGGAGAGUCUGAAGGGGGAGCUGGAGGUGGAGGUGGGAUUCCUACAGUACGCUGUCAGGAAUCUGCUCGGGCUCCUGGCAUUUCACCUGGACCAGCUUGACUCCGCAGAGGAAAUCUUUAGGAGCAUCACUAAGGAGGACCCCGGGAACCUGAACGCCUGGGCUAACCUGGGCUAUGUUUAUGACCGUCUGGGGCGUGAGCUGGAGGCUGCAGAAUGUGUGGAGAGGGUGUCAUCUCUCAUGGGGCUGGACGGAGGAGAGCUGACCCAAGUUGAGUCCAGGCUCCUGGCAGCUCGAUGUCUGGCAGAGCAGGCGUAUGUCCAGCCUUACGAUGUGGAGCUGGACAAUGACGAUGAGCUCAGGGAAAGACUGACCUCGGCUCUCACCCUGUACAACCGGGCACUGGACUACGGGGGGCAGCUGCUUCCAGUGGAGGAGAAGAGAACCUGGUAUUUCAAAAUGGCUCUGAUCUACAUGAGGCUGGACGACAUCGUGAAGACCAAAGUGGACUCGGAGUACUCCAGAAUGACCCACUACAACAAAGGCCUGAAGCUCCUGAAGGAGGCGCUGGAGUCAGACCGACCUCAACAAAAAGCUGUCGCCUGGUGCCACGUUGGCAUCAUGUUGGAGAGGAAGGAUGAAUUUGUGACCAUCCCCAUGUCUGUGCACGACUGUGGAUACUCGGCCACUGACCCUCUGAGCUGCUACGCCACGGCUAUAAACCUGGCCAGUGACGAUGCCUCCAUCUUGAACAUAUUGGCCAAAGUCGUCUUCCGUCUGGGCAAACACGAGAUGGCCACAGGGAUCUGCAACAUGGCUCUGAACGUGCUGCCCGACCCAGAGCUCAACUGGCAGGCCUACUGUACUCGUGCCAAGAUGAAUGUGGUCCAGUAUGUGAGAGACUUGGACAAAGCCAAGAGCGCUGAAGGAGGACUCCCAGACAGACAGAACCUGACCGCAGCUCGUAAAGACCUGGACAAAGUCCUGAGUGUGCGGCCCUGUCUGCGGACACACCUGGAGAUGGCACAGGUGUAUUACUACAUGGGAGUGGACGCUCUACAAGAGAGUCUGCUGGUUGAUGAAGCCGCUGUGAACAAUGCCCUGGUCAGUCUGUCCCAAGCCUUACAAUUCAAACACGCAGACGCUCUGCCAGACCUGCACAUCCUCAGGGGGCGCUGUCUGCUUCUGAAGGGCGAGGAACAGAACGCUGUGGACUGUUUCAAAUGUGCGUUAGAACUAGAACGCCUGGGCAGUUUGGACACCACUGCUCUACACUGCCUCCUACAGGCACUACUGGUGCUUUUCAUGCAGUCUGGGCAAGAUCAGAACCAAGAGCCGUGUUCAGUCAUCACUCAGCUGGAGACCUGGGUGAAGAAGGCGGAGGAGCGCUACCCCAAAGACGUGGUGAAGGUGGAGUUAAAGAUGUUGUACCGAACUCACCCAGAGGAAGUGGCAGAGCUGGCCCGAGCGCUGAUCCAAACGGGGAGGCUAGGGCUGGUGCGGAGGCUGCUGGAGACUGUGGUACCCAAACAGAAACCGAAGAGAAAGCCAGUGAUCCGAACAUACUCUCUGACAUAAAACUGGAUCUAUAACAAACAACAAUAUAACAACAAACACAAUAAACUUUAGUAAAACCAGUGAUGCAGUAUUGUCAUGGCCUCAUUCAGUAAUUUUUUUUUAUUUUAAAGGCACAUGCUCCUCGGACAAACUGACAAAUCUAAAGAAGGACAUGAGUAAUAGAGGGCUCAUAGAUAAAAUCGUAAAGCAGAGACUGGAAUAUGUCCCAACUAUAGACUAUUUAUAUAAAUGGACAUAGCUAACCUGCAGAUCACUCUUCCAAAUCUGACUCUGGCUCCAAUUCACUUUACACUGAAAACUGUGUCCCCUCUCUCUGUAACUGCUGCUGUGAGGCUCGUCAUUUUGGUCUUAAAUAUUUGUAUUAACCUGCUCUACAUGUGGCUUUACCUCAAGUUGCCAUAUUCCACUGACUGUUCUCUGCAUGAGCUGCUCUCACAUUAAACAGAAUAAAGUAGAGACAUUUGAAUUUUGUUUUUGGAUGAAAAAUGUGAAAUAUUCUCUUUUCAUUUUGUAUAAAGUUGUUUUUGUCACAAGUGUUACAGUGCUGUUAUUGAAAAACAAAAUGCCUGUUUUCUAAUUGUCUGAUUUUGUGUUUACUCUAUGUAUAUGUGUGUGUGCGUGCAUGUGUGUGUUUGCGUGUGCAUGUUCAAUUAAAUAAUCAUCUUUACCUGAGAGUGUUGUUCAUUGGGUCUGAAGUUUGUGGCUUUAAACUUUAAAGUUGUGUCUCUGAAGGACACACUUUCCUUUUCAUAGUUUAUUACUUUUACUUCUCAAUAAAAAGGUGUUUUUGUCUUUGG